UUCUGUUCAUUUAUAUAGAUUUUCUAAUUAAAUCAAACUAUGAGUGAUUUUUGUCUUGCAUAGUCUGCAACACAAGAUUGUUUGAAGAGUUCACAUUCUGACAUUGCUUAACCCUGCCAGCCUGUCAUAAAUUGGCAUAUUCAGACAUUGCUGUCGACUUGAAUUUCUCUUUACUACUAUAAUUCGUGAUCCAAUGUAUUCACCAAUGACGAAGGACGACACUAAGAAAAUUAUGUUAAAUAAUAAUCAUCAAGCAGCUGUUCUUGAUGCCACAGGUCUUGCUGAACUUGCACAUCGUGAAUAUCAAGCAGGCGAUUAUGACAAUGCAGAAAGGCAUUGUAUGCAUCUUUGGCAGCAAGAUCCAGAUAAUACUGGCGUUCUGUUACUUCUCAGUUCUAUUCAUUUUCAGUGUCGGAGACUUGACAAGUCUGCAUAUUUUUCAAAACAUGCAAUUAAAACAAACCCGAUGCUUGCUGAAGCUUAUUCUAAUCUUGGGAAUGUUUUCAAAGAAAGAGGCCAAUUGCAAGAGGCUUUAGAACAUUAUAGGCAUGCUGUACGCUUGAAACCAGAUUUCAUUGAUGGUUAUAUCAAUUUAGCAGCUGCUUUGGUUACUGCUGGAGACUUGGAAGGCGCAGUUCAGGCCUAUUUUUCAGCUCUACAAAUAAAUCCGGAUCUCUAUUGUGUGAGGAGUGAUCUUGGUAAUUUGUUGAAAGCUCUUGGACGUUUAGAAGAGGCAAAGACAUGCUAUCUGAAAGCGAUAGAAACACAACCAAAUUUCGCAGUUGCUUGGAGCAACCUUGGCUGCGUCUUCAACAGUCAAGGAGAAAUAUGGCUUGCAAUUCAUCAUUUUGAAAAGGCUGUGACGUUGGAUCCAAACUUUCUUGAUGCAUAUAUCAACUUAGGAAAUGUACUGAAAGAGGCAAGAAUCUUUGAUAGAGCUGUUGCUGCUUAUCUGCGUGCUUUGAAUCUAUCACCAAACCAUGCAGUUGUUCAUGGAAAUCUUGCAUGUGUAUAUUAUGAACAAGGGCUGAUCGAUUUAGCGAUUGACACAUACAGAAGAGCGAUUGAACUUCAACCGCACUUUCCUGAUGCAUACUGCAAUUUGGCCAACGCCCUCAAAGAAAAAGGUAAAGUUGAAGAUGCUGAAGAAUGUUAUAAUAAAGCACUGAGACUGUGUCCAACACAUGCAGAUUCACUUAACAACUUGGCAAAUAUAAAACGAGAACAAGGACUGAUAGAGGAGGCCAUUGCACUGUAUUGUAAAGCAUUGGAGGUGUUUCCAGAGUUCGCUGCUGCUCAUUCAAAUUUGGCAAGCGUCCUUCAGCAGCAAGGAAAGCUGCAAGAAGCACUUCUUCAUUACAAGGAGGCUAUCCGCAUCAGCCCAACUUUUGCGGAUGCCUAUUCGAACAUGGGUAACACAUUAAAAGAGAUGCAAGAUGUACAAGGAGCAAUACAAUGCUACACUCGAGCUAUUCAAAUCAAUCCAGCUUUUGCUGAUGCCCACAGUAACUUGGCAUCUGUACACAAGGAUAGUGGUAAUAUACCAGAAGCGAUUCAAUCUUACAGAACUGCUUUAAAAUUGAAACCUGACUUUCCUGACGCAUACUGCAAUCUGGCCCACUGCCUUCAGAUAAUCUGUGAUUGGAAUGAUUAUGAUGAAAGAAUGAAAAAAUUGCUUUCCAUUGUUUCGGAUCAAUUGGAGAAGAACAGACUUCCAUCAGUGCAUCCACAUCAUUCUAUGUUGUAUCCACUCACUCAUGAGUUUAGAAAAGCAAUUGCAGCAAGACACGGCACAUUGUGCUUAGACAAGAUUAAUAUUCUCCACAAGCCUCCUUAUGAAUACCUGAGAGAUUUGAAAGCCAGUAAUGGUCGUUUGCGUGUUGGAUAUGUCAGCUCAGACUUCGGAAACCACCCAACAUCCCAUCUGAUGCAAAGUAUUCCAGGAGCUCACGAUAAAAGCAAAGUCGAGGUGUUUUGUUAUGCCCUCAGUCCAGAUGAUGGAACAGAAUUCAGGAAGCAUGUUUCGUCGAGUGUAGAGCAUUUCAUUGAUUUAUCUCAGAUUCCCUGCAAUGGGAAGGCUGCAGAUAGGAUUCAUCAGGAUGGAAUACAUAUUUUGCUCAAUAUGAACGGUUACACGAAGGGAGCCAGAAACGAAAUAUUUGCACUUAAACCGGCACCAAUUCAGGUGAUGUGGCUUGGAUAUCCAGGAACUAGCGGAGCAACUUUUAUGGAUUAUAUAGUAACUGACGAAAUUACAUCUCCUGAAGAAGUAAAGAUGCAAUACAGUGAAAAACUUGCGUACAUGCCUCAAACUUUCUUUACUGGAGAUCAUGCUAGAAUGUUCCCAAUGAUGAGAGAAAAAGCUGUUCUCGACACAACAAACUCUACUGGAUUGUUUGGUGACAACAAAUUUGUCAUUAAUUCCGAUCGAUUGGGCGAUUUUCUCGAUAGCUUAGAUGGUGUCGGGUUAUUAAAAGCUAAGGCUAAAGAUUCGGAAGAUGAGAUUGCCAUCCCAUCUGUGCCUGCUAAUAAUGAAACCAUUGUAGCGAUUCGUAACAUGAUAAAAACAGGACAAUUAUCAGUUAAAAUUGGAGAUAUGACCAUACAAAAUGGACUUGCAAUCGCACAGUUGGAUGCAAAAACAGCGACAGGCGAAAAACCACCUUCUGGAGUCAUUGUAUCCAGCCGAGCACAAUACAGCUUACCAGAUAACGCAAUAGUGUAUUGUAAUUUCAAUCAGCUUUAUAAAAUAGAUCCAGCUACAUUACAAAUGUGGUGCAACAUAUUGAAAAGAGUUCCAAACAGUGUUUUGUGGUUGCUGCGUUUUCCUGCUGUUGGCGAAAGCAACGUCAAGCAUUUUGCUUCCCACACUUGUGGCCUUCCAUCAAACAGAAUAAUAUUUUCUCCUGUUGCACCAAAAGAGGAGCAUGUUCGUAGAGGACAAUUGGCUGAUGUUUGUUUAGAUACACCACUCUGUAAUGGACAUACAACAGGCAUGGAUGUUUUGUGGGCUGGUUGCCCUAUGGUGACAUUGCCGCGUGAAACACUCGCAAGUAGAGUGGCCUCUUCGCAACUUAAAUGCUUGGGUUGUCCAGAACUUAUCGCAUCAUCACGAUCUCAUUAUGAAGACAUUGCCGUCAAACUUGGCACAGAUCAGGAUUAUUUGAAGUCAAUACGGGCUAAAGUUUGGAAACAAAGGAUCGAGUCGCCGUUGUUUAGCAUCAAAAGCUACACAGAAAAUUUAGAAGUACUUUUUUCAAAGAUGUGGGAUAAAUAUUCAAACGGAGAGCCAGUUGAUCACAUAUUGAAAUAGAUUUGAAAUUGUGGAACUUUAUUAUGUACAGUUUUAAUAUGUUGAUUUUUCUACUUAUAAGAUAGCCGUGGAUUGUGGAGGGUGAUGGCGUAUGAAUUUCUUUUUUGCUAUCAAAUUUGUAUUUAUUAUUUUUGUGCAGCAGCGUAUUAUAUCAUGGUUGUAAAUGGGUUGUUAAAACAUGCUCAAAACUAGUACUAGAGACUGGCACUAUUUUAGUUACUAAUAUGACUACAAGUCCACAACUUUGAACCCAGAAUAGGAUACUCUCUCUGAGAAAUUAGUAAAUUGCAUGCCAGUCCCAUCAAUAUUAGCGUGAUAUAGUGUAAAUUUUUUGCUUGGGUUGUCAGUUGUGUGAUGUAGAUUAUAUGUCUGAGACCAUGAUCUUAUCUUCAUCACAUGGUCUGCUUUUCAUCUAUUGGAACAUGUAAAUUAUUGUAUUUUAUGUCAUGCUUUUAAUGUUUCUUUUCUGCAAUUGUACUGGAAUUUGACGGACUAAGUCAUAUGGGA